UGUGCACCUCAGUCCAAGGUGAGCGCUCGUGCUGUUCGGUUUGGUUUCUUUUGGCUUGGUUACACGCACUCACAUACACAUACACACAUAGAAACACAUAUAUAUGUAUAUGUAUAUAUACAUAUAUAUAGAGAGAUAUAGAGAUAUAUUGCCGCGUUGUUCCACUCCUCCUCACUGAAAGACCAAAGACGGCUGAGCUUGAAAUUGAAAUUCUUUUGUGUUCCCUGGCCCUGAAUCGUGUGCGCUCGCUCUGUUACGUGUUUCGAUCAAGUGCGGUGCAGAAAGCAAAUAAAAUUUGUAUACACAAAAAAGUAAAAAAAUAAUAAAGAAAACAUAAAAAAAAACACCAACAAAAGGUGAAAAAAAAAAAACGUUAACAAGAAUCAUCGCUGCUGCCAAGUACAGCAGGCCAACAAACACACAAACAAACAACCAAACACACUGUUUAAAAAUGGAAUACCGGUGCUUAAGUAGAAUUUCUGUCAAACAUCUAACGGCACUCUGCGUCAUCAGCAUUGCACUCACCUGCGCCAAUGCGGCGCUGUGGCCCAGCUUUAGCAGCGGCAGCAGCAGCAGCAAAGCGGACGAUGCGCCGCCCAGUAAAUGCGUCGGCGCGCGUGGUCUGAAAUAUUUAUCUGGUGAUGCGUUGACAGAUUCACUAGACUGCCUGGGUCCCAAUAAUGCGCCAUAUCCAAGCGCGGCCGUUGCGCGCACAUUCUCCAAUUGGAACGGAAAUUCGCGACGUGGACGUCAAAGCAAAUUGCCCAGCACAUUGGAUCCAGCAAUAACCACGAGUGCACUGUUGAGGGCCUACGAUGAGGUAAACAAUGAGGCUAUCGGAAGCAGUCGUUAUGGUCGUUCGCUUAAGAACGCAUCGCCGGCACAACAGUGCAAGAGCGACACGCCAGCGCGACUCUGCAAAACGCGCUACAACACAACCGCACCCAUGUAUGGCGUUAGCUUGACCUCUGGUCAGCCCGUGACAAUUGUACAAAAAUUUCCCGAUCUUCUGCAACAGGUGGUCUUCGAGGUGUGCGAAUCCUCUGAAUGCGAUGUAGUGCGUGGCGAAUGCACGCAAACGUAUGUGCCUUAUUUAUUCCUGGUCAUACCCCUUGGACCAGUGACGCUCACUGGCCAGGAUUAUGUGCUCGUUGAGAGCGGUUGUGUGUGCAAACCGAAAUAUUCGACGGGCGCUGCUCAAGAGCCGAACAUGAUACCGUAAGUGGGAUGGAGAGUGUACUUGACACUGGUAUACAACAGCAACCAAAAGAACUGAGCGAGUUUAUGGGGAUGGAGCAGCUAAAUUUACUUAAAUUUGGAAUUAUUUUUUGUAGCAAAAUCGUAUUUUCAAUGUUUUUUAUUCGCUUUUCGUUUGUCUCUCUUCAUACACAUAAUGCUGUUAGAAUGAAAUAGGCUUUUGCUCGAAAAAUAAUGCUUAAAUUAAGUUUUAAAUUAAAAUAAAUCGAAUAAAUUAUUUAACAUUACAAUGAAGAAACUUCCUCGGCAGAUUAAUUUAUUUGAUUUGUGCUAAAAAGAAAAGAUAAUAAGAGACAAAUGAUGCAAAACACGCAGUUUAAACGGCAUAAACAAAUUUAGUUCAUAAUUACAUAUAAUAAAUUAAUUAUAACAAGCCUUUUUAACGUUUUGUUAAAAUUUAUGUGUAUGUACUAAUUUUAAAUUAAAUAAAUUAUUUAAAUAAACAAUUUAAUUGAAAUAGAUUUGAUAUCAUUCGAUAAGCGCAGUUAAAUACCUUUAACGGUCUACUUUUUGAACUGCAAUUUAAUGGUAAAUCGAGUGCGAUACAUUUAUCCUAUACAAGGUGAGUUUCUGCGGUGAAGUAUCGCUUGCGCAUCAAAGUCACCACUAUCGAUACGAUGUAGCGCAAAGUGCAUGCGCUGCCGCUACAACUAUCGCUCAUCACUCUGCCUGCCGUGUAUCGUUUUGCUUCGUCUCAGCACUAGCUACACGCAUAAAUUUUUAGCGAAAAUUUAGAAAACGAGCAAACAGAAGCUAAAAAAAGUGCAGCGAGUGUAAAUUGGCAUACAGUUUAACAAUUACAUUGUGUAAUUACACUGAUUGCAUAGUUAUUUUCGUGCAUUUAGCGCCGCAUACUUAAUCGCCCCGCACUCGCACUAACACACACGCGCUGAGUGUUUUGUGUGUGUGUGUGUGCCCGUGUGUACAUGUGCAUGUGUGUGUAUAGGUGACAAUUUUGUUGCGUGGUGCCGGGUUACAGUUAAAUAUUACAGAAUUUUUGUUGAUUUGCGAGCGCGCGCA